ACUGCCAAGUGCCCCAACCGCUGCUCUGGAUGAGUCCAAGGAAGAAGUGGGACGAGCAGAGAUGGGGGUAACCCAGACCCAGAUCAUCCCAGAGGACAAGUACUACAGUUAUGAGGAUCUAUACUCUAGACCAUUCAUUACACCGAAUUCCAACAUCCCCACGGACCUGCUUCAGCUCACUCACUCAUUUGGCUAUGACUGUCACCGAAGGAACAACCUGCAGUUGCUGGACGAGCAGACCCUUGCGUUCAUUGCUGGGAAUGUGGUUGUCUUGCUGGAUAUUCAGAGUAAAGAGCAGCGGUUCCUGCGCAGCUGCAGUGGGGGAGGAAUCGGCACCAUCAUGGCUCAUCCCAGGAAGAGCUACUUUGCUGUGGCAGAAAAAGGGGAACAACCCAAUAUCAUCAUCUAUGAGUUCCCCUCUCUACGCCCCUACCGUAUCCUCAGAGGGGGUACAGUAAAGGCCUACAGCUCUGUGGAUUUUAACCAUGAUGGCACCCUACUAGCAAGUGUGGGCUGCGCACCAGACUUCAUGUUGACCCUGUGGGACUGGAUUCAGGAGCAGGUUCUGCUUCGCUACAAAGCCUUCUCCCAGGAUGUCUACAGAGUCACCUUCUCACCAUACAACCCUGGCCAACUGACCACCUCUGGCUCGGGACACAUCAAAUUCUGGAAGAUGGCCAGAACUUUCACAGGACUCAAGUUGCAGGGGCUGCUGGGACGGUUUGGAAAGACAGCCUUGACUGACAUUGAUGGCUAUGUGGAGCUUCCUGAUGGCAAGGUUGUGUCUGGCUCAGAGUGGGGGAACAUGCUGCUUUGGGAAGGGGGCCUAAUUAAGGUGGAGAUUUGCAGAAAGAGGGGACGUCAGUGUCAUGCCGGCUCCAUCCAGCAGUUUGCUCUGGAUGAGGGUGAGCUCAUCACCAUUGGAACUGAUGGUGCAGUCAGGACUUGGGAUGUGGAGUGUAUCGAUGCUGCAGAUUCUCCAGAUGAUAGUGGGCUCUUUGAGAUGGAACCAAUGAACGAGCUGAUGAUUGGACGUACUGUCUGCCUGACCUUCAUGGUGAAGAGCUCCUUGCCAGACUCCUUCAUUUGGUUUGCUCAGGAUGCUAAUGGCUCCAUAUGGAAACUGGACCUCUCAUUCUCAAACAUGACCCAUGACCCAGAGCGCCUGUUCACCUUCCAUGCUGGUGCUAUUCAGGCCAUGGACAUUUCCGUGACUUCCCACCUCAUGGCGACAACAGCACUUGACCGCUCAGUACGGAUUUUUGACUUCUUGGCAAAGAGAGAACUGACAACAAGCCAGUACAGCCAAGGAGGAACGGCACUGAUCUGGGCACCUCGCUCAAUUAGUCCUCGGGGGGCUAUGCUGGUGGUGGGGUUUGAAGACGGGGUAGUGCGCCUUCUGGAGCUGUACCGUUCCGUCAGCCUCCAGGCUGUGCCAGACCAAAGCCAGGCCAAGGAUGCAGAGCUCUGCCUAAGACAAGCACUGAAGCCCCAUAAUGCACCUGUGACUGCCAUUGCAUACGAAUGCAAUGGGGAGAUCUUAGCCACUGCGAGUGCCGACCACACGGUGUUCUUCUUCACAGUGGGGGAUAAAUAUGAUCCUAUUGGUUUUGUCACUGUGCCAGGGCCAGUCAAGUCACUAGAGUGGUCUCCCAAAACACAUGAGAGGAAUACACUGCUGAUCCUGUGUCUUAAUGGAUAUAUUGUUGAAGUUGAGGCCCCUGAAGCAGAGUCUCACAUGCCCACCUCCACCUUUGAGAUCCACGGGCUGCACUCUCGAUUUUUCCACUUUCACAGCAUAAAGUCUCGCAUUAAGCGUGAUAUAGAAGUUUCUCAGAGAAAGGAGCUGAAAGAGAAGGUGAGGAAGGAUAAAGUGCAAAGGAAGGACAAUCCUACUCAGAAGGAAGAUAAAGAGGAGGAGACUGAGGAAGAGGAGGAUGACAAAGAUGAACUACCCGCACUUUACAUCCCAGAACCCCCUAGCCCCCUGCUCUGCGCUUUUUACUCCCAGCCUGGAGCCUUCUGGCUCUCUGUGGGUGGCUACGAUGCUGGUUUUCUGUACCAUUGCCAAUUCUCAGAACAACAGGAGCAGGAUCCAGGGCUCAGACAGGAUGAGCCCUUUGCCUUUCUCCCUACACAAGAAACCGAAGAGGACCCCAUCUGCACCAUUAGCUUCAGCUCCAACAGGAAGUUCUUUCUGUGUGGCAUGUGGAGUGGGCAGAUCAAGGUGUACCCCAUACAGCCGCAAGAACCAAGCAUGAUGUCCCUUGAUGCCUUCUGGGCCCUUAGUGUUCAUGACAACCAGAACGGCCAUCUGUGCAGUGUGCGCUGCAGCUAUGAUGAUCAGUAUGUUCUGACGACGGGAGAGGACGGCAACAUCUUUGUCUUUAGCCUGCUCACCCAGGAGGAGUUGGCCAAAGCCCUGGGUCCCAGCCAUGCAAAAGUACCCUCCCCCACUUUUGGAAUCGAAGCGGAGAAGGUGGUACCAGAUAUAAUGGAUGCCAGUGCUUACAGCAUUGAAACUGCAAAGCAGAGAACAGAGCUGGAUCGUAUGCGUCGUGAGGCAGAGCAGAGGAAGGAGGAGCGGCGGAGGAAGCUUGUGGAGCUGCAGAGCCAAUUUAAACAGCAACUACAGUACAACCAGAGCCUGCCAGAGCAUAACCGUUUAAAGCAAAUGGAGCUAGAACUGGACCCUCGGUUUCGGGAACAGGCUGAGUGGCUGACUGCCCAGCAGAUUCGAGAGGUACAGAGAGAGCUGGCCUGGGAGGCGGAGUGGCACAGGGUCGGCCUAAAGAAAUUGCAGGACCGGUUCUGGGAGUCCCUGGAGUCAGACAUAAUUACUGUGGUGGCCUGUCAAAGUGAACAUAAGAUCUCCACAUACCGGCUGCUGACAUUGUCACAAAGAUUUCUGCAGCUGCAGAAAGAAGGCCAAACAGGCCGGCCUUGGCAAUGCAAGAAGGAGCUCAGUCAGGAGAAUGACAUGUCCUCAGGAGGGCAGGAUGGCGGUGUGGAGAGGGCUGAGAGAGACAGAGAAGAUGCGAUUUUUUCAGAGGGUGAGUCUCAAGACCAUGUGGGGGUGUCUGGGGGGAAAGGAGGACAUGUGGUAGACAGGCUCCAGAAAGCAGCAGAGAAGGCAGAAAGAAUUAAAACCAAGAUUGAAGGGCGGAGACAGGAGUGGGUGGACCUCUUUGCUUCGAAGCCAAAUGAGAACUAUGAGGACCCUGAUGAUGUGCGAGCUCUGCUGCUGGCAAUAGAGAACAUGGGUGAUUUUAAGCUGAAGACAGCCAAGGACUUCACUGUCCCAGAGCAGCUGAGAAUGAACACAGAGAGAAAGAAAUCACAGCUGGUGAUCCUGGAAGAGGAGAUUCAUGAGAGAAAGCUGAAGAUGAAUGUGCGAAUCAUGACAUUGCGGAAUGAGAAGAUACAGUUGAUCUCCCAGCUGGAACAGAGGAUGGAGCAGCUUUUGGCAGUGCAGGCCCAGCUUACUCCAGAUAGGUGCUGCCAAUGCCCAACUCUGCCUACCCUGCAGCCAGAAGAAAUCCCAGAAAAAAGGCUACAGUACACACAUAGCACCCUGCAGCGUUUUGCUGCCCUCUGCACACAGUGGAACCACAAAGGUGCAACAGAGCGCGGACCAGAGGAGCCAUGUCUGCUCAACCUGAUGCAGAAGGACAGCAAUGAUCCCACCGAAACAAGCCCAGCACUGCCCAGAACCUCUGCACAACCACAGCCGAAGCCCUGUGAGCUCACAGAGCUGGAGGAAGAGAUGAACCAAGUGCAGGAGAUCAGAUUGCUCUACCAGCAGGAUGACCUGCUGUCACAGAUGGAGGAAGCUAUGUGGUGCUUUGAUGCAGAGCUGCAGCUCCUGCGGCAUGAGAAGGAGGCAUUAGAUGUGCAAAUGAAGCUAGCCGAUCUGCGCCACAUCACCCUAUAUCAGGAGCUUCUACUUCUGAAGGACUUUGAGAAGAGAGAAAAUUCACUGCAGGACAGGUUGAGUGCCCGCAUGCAGGAGGAGAGUCAGAUCCUGGCUAAGUGGGAGGACUGUAGGAGGCAGCUGGAAUUCAAACAGCAGAGCAUGGUGAAGCUGCAGCAGAGAGAGAAGGCACUUCACACCUCCUUCCAGACUUCACUUGGAGACAACAACAAAUUUGCAGACUUCCUCACCAAGGUCUUCAAGAAGAAGGUCAAACACACAAAAAAGUGGGAGAAGGAUGGAAAUGAGGAGGAACAGGAGGACAGUGAUGAACACUCUGAUGAAGAGUCUGACUGGGAUGAAAUGGAAAGUGAUGAAGAGUCUGAGAGUGGCUGUCCGCUGGAUGACAGCGUUUGCCCACCUUACUGUGACCCGGAACUGUUUGAGAACACCCUUCAGAUGCGAUUGCGGAAGUUGGACCUAGAGGAACUGAUUGCAGAGGAGAAGAAGAGUUGUGAUGCCUUGAGAAAAGAAUGUGAUGCACUAGCCAAGAAGGAGAAAAUUGUGCAAAGCAGCCUGAAGGCAGCAGAGGGCGACCUUGAGCUGUUUGACCGUGAGAAACAGCAGAAACUGAAUGAGCUGGAUGUUGUUGUUCCCCUCAGACUGCACCAGAUUGAGUUCCUGACCAAUGGAGUGUUGCCCAGUGAUCUGUCAGAUUCCCUGGUUCUGAAUACUAAGACUCUGCUGAGUCUGCAAGACCGGAUCCGGCAGCUACUUGAGGAGAAGUCUGAGCAGGGGGAGCUCUACCGGCAGGCCAAAUACCGUCACUACCAGCUAAUUCAUGAUCGCAAAGACAUGGAAACCAGGAUCCACGAAUUAGAGGAGCGCUGUGAGGCUAUGAUGAUGGCCAAGUUCGGACGAUUGGUGGAUUUGGAGGCACUGCAGACUCUCUCUGGCAACAGAGUUGUGGAGGAACUGAAGCAUGACAGCAGAAUUAAGGAGGUCCAACACACACAUGAGCUCAAACUUUGGAAGGUGAAGCUGACAGAGGUGAAGCAGGAACUGAUGGCGGUGAGCAGACAGCACACUGAGCUUGUCUGCAUACUUAACUGCUUACUGAAAGAGAAGAAGGACCUGGAAGAUAAACUGGACACAAGACAACGGAAGAUGGGUGCUCAGUUCAGGGACCAGCGGUGUGAGGAAGAUGAGAGACACAGGUUGCAGAAGGUUGUUGCCUCACAGGCUGAGGAGAUGGAGACUAUGAGGCAGGAGAUCACCAUGCUGUCCCACAAAGGCGGGAAUGUCCUGCCCCCAACACAGUCUCUCCCUUCCCCCUACUGCAAUGACAGGCUUCACCCACACCACCUAUCUGGAGGAGCACCAUGCUCCCUGCUCAGCAACCAACGGGGCCUGGACUAGUCACACAAUUGAAGUCAUUCCUCUCUUUCUUUUUCUUUUUCGCUCUUUCUCUUUUUUUCUUUCUUUUUUCCCUGCUUCUCAUUUGCUUUUCUUGGUUUAAUUUGAAUGCAGCGUUGAAUUACUUACUAGCAUUACUGAAUGCACCAUCAUUAAAAUUCCCUCCAGUAAAGCAGUGUGUCUGUGUAGCUCUGUAAAAACUGGAUAUUCCUUCUUGUGGGGUGGGGAUGGUGGGAUGCAUAAACUUUGAUAUCCAUGUAAUUUAGGAGGCUUGGCUGAACAUAAAAAUAGCAAUUCUUUAAAUAUUUAUAUUUUUGUCUUAUGAGAUAUGGAUGCACAUGGAUUGCACAUUUUUUUUACUAUCUAAUUCCCAAUCAAAUUUUAUCAUGACACAUUUUUUCAUUUGUUCUCAUCUGAAAUGGUUCUGAAUCUGUUUUGACAUUGAGAAAACCAUCUGAAAUGGUUUUGUAUGUUUUCAAGAUGACUACUAAAUAGUAAUACUAAUAGAAUACUAAUAGAAUUCAAAAUGGUCACAAUCAACUUGAUUGGGACAUUUUUAAGAAGUAAUUGUAAAGGAACUAGUAGGUGAAGGAAGACCUCUGCAACUGAUAAAUUCUUAUCAUAAUGAAGUCCUCAAACACCUGUAUUGACAGAUCAGAAACACUCUUUAGCUAUCCACUUAGAGUUAUGAUGCGUCUGUGACCAUGAGCUCCAAUGAGACCAGUGUGAGAUCCAAGAUGGCAGUCUCCAGCUGCUAAUUGCGAAACCCCCUUUCUGUUACUUAUCAACUGGAAUAACACAACCAUUUGAUCUGGAAAACCUUGAGGACUACAUUUAUGAGUGCUUCGACUGACUCUGUACCAUGACACGAAAAAGGCUUCUGACAUUUAAACUGUCAUCAGCAACCUCACCUUGGAAGCAGAGUUUGACUGUUCCUCACCCAGUUUAUCCCUCUUACACAGCUGUUUCUGUUUCAGUUAAUGAUUGUUUCAACCUACAUAUUCAAUUGAUGAUCAUUAGCUCCUGUUUGGGAUAAUUGGUUAAUCACACACCUGACUUUGUGCAAGUGUACCUAGAAGAAUUGAUGCUGGUUUGAAAGCAAAGGGUGGUCACACCAAAUAUUGGAUUUAUAUUUUUCUUCUGUUCACUCACUUUGCAUUUUUUUAAUUGAUAAAAAUAAACAUUUCUAUUUUUGGAA